AUGGAGGAAAAGAGCGACUUUGGGACUGAUAAGAGUGAGGCGGUGCACGCUGAGUUCUCGUUGGUUGGAAACCAUGUAUCUGCGCAGAUUCCUCGGGUUACUUGGUGGAGACACCCUGGCUUGCGGAAGUUGUAUAUCAUGAUGCCAAUUCUCUUUCUGGGGUCUUCCACAAAUGGCUAUGAUGGGUCUCUCUUGAACGGGUUGCAGACAAUGACCCCGUGGCAAGAGUAUUUUGGAAACCCCAGCGGCUCUACAUUGGGUCUCUUCACAGCUAUACAGAACAUUGGCGGUGUUUGCGCCCUGUUCUUCUCAUCUUACGUCGCCGAUCUAUGUGGACGAAAACGAGGCGUGGCCAUUGGCCUAGUAGUUCUUUUUGUGGGAACCAUCAUUCAGGUCGUCCCAUCCGUUAAUUCGGGCAUGUUUCUUGCAGGAAGAUUCCUGGUAGGCCUAGGGUCAAACGUGAGCCAAGGAUCUGCGCCGUUGCUCAUCACUGAGCUUGCUCACCCCCAGCACCGCGGAAAACUGACAACAAUGUAUAACACACUUUGGUAUGUCGGUGCUAUCGUCGCAGCCUGGACUGUGUUUGGGACAAUCAAGUACACAUCAGAGGCAUCGUGGAGAAUUCCAGUCGGUAUGCAAGCCGUAAUGCCUCUCGUUCAGUUCAUGGGAAUAUGGUUUCUCCCGGAGAGUCCACGCUGGCUCUGUGCACAGAAUCGCCCAGAGGAGGCCUUCGAGGUAUUGAUCAAAUAUCACGCAAGUGGUGAAAGAAAUGACCCUUUCUGUGCAUUUGAAUUCCACGAAAUCCAAGAGACAAUCCGCAUGGAAAAGGAGAACUCCCAGAAUGGGUAG